AAUAGAACCGUACCCAUUCUCUCUUUAUAUACCUUUCUGAUCUCUCCAAAACCUCAAGAAAGCUGCAAAUUAAAGCAUUAUUGUAGUUAUUUUUCCCUUAGGUUGUCUCAAAAACAUCAGAUCAGAUCAGAGAGCAUGGCAAGCAAAGGUGUUUCAUGCAUGCUUUUAUCCAUUAAUACCAUACUGUAUUUCAUUGUCAUUGUGGCCGCUUCAUGGGCGGUUAAUCAUGGGAUUGUGAAAUCCCGCGAGACAGCAUCAGUAUUGCCAAUGCCAGCCAGAAUAUUCCCAAUCUACUUCCCCUUUGGCAACUUGGCUACAGGUUUUGUGAUCAUUUACUCACUCCUUGCUGGAAUCGUGGGGUUCAUCACCUCCCUCAAUGGCCUCCAUAAUCUAGCUCAGUGGGAUUCAGCUAGCCAACAUGCAGCAGCUGCAUCUUCCCUUAUAUCUUGGCUACUCACACUACUUGCAAUGGGGUUGGCAUGUAAAGAGAUUAGCAUUGGGUGGACUGAUUCAAACUUGAGGACAUUGGAGACAGUAUUGAUAAUCUUGAGUGGGACACAACUAUUUUGCACUGGUGCAAUCCAUAUUAGGGUUGAAGAGGUUGUGAGAAGUGAGAAGGAGAUUGGAGGCAGAGUCUAAAAUUUCCAAACAUAUAUAAUUCCUAUGCACAGUAAUUAGUUUACUUUUAUGUACAAUUAUAUUUUAAGAGUUGUAUUAAUUAAUGUUUGUGAGUUUGAUGACUUUCUGUUAAAUGGAGUCAUAAUUAAUAAUUAAUAUAAUUAAAGACAUACAGCUUGUAUAUUUGCAUUUCAU